AUGAGGCUCAACAAAGAACUUAUAAUUUAUCAAAAGGAGCUCACAUUUAUUGCUAGGAAUAGCAUAUUCGUAAGAGAUAAAUAUGAUACAGUAACAGUGAAAGAUUAUGAAGCACUCAUAGAUUUUGUAGUAGACAAGAACUGUAGUAAAAGGCCAUAUAGAUGUACAAUAGAAGACGAAAAAGAAAUUGAGCAGCAAGUGGCAAAUUUACUAGAGAAAAAUUUAAUUCAGGAAUCUUAUAGCCCAUUUGCUGCUUCGAGCUCGCUAAUUUCAAAAUCUCUGGUUGAUAUGUUGAGAUUAAAAACGAACAGGAUAAAUGUUUUUCUAACAGGAAUUGUCGAUGAGGUCAUAACAGCAGCUAAGAAAGUGGUUAAAUUUACAAUAGAGCCUCAUUUUGAUUUAAAGUUUACUCUACGAGUAAGGGCUCUUGUUGUAUCUAAGGUGUCGUCAAAUAGUUCUCCUAGUUUCAAAUGCCUUACUGCUGAUACGCAGUUUCAACAUUUAGAAUUGGCAGACCCAGGAUACUAUAGAAACGAUCCAGUUAAUUUACUGCUGGAUGCAGCUACUCACGUUGAUUUCAUAGAUAGUAAGAUUAUCAAAGGUGAACCAAAUCAGCUCGUAGCUUCGCUCUCCUUAUUAGGAUGGUUGAUUUCCGGUCUGGUUUUCAAUAAGAACGCAGAUCAGACUGGUGAAGUUAGGAAUGUGAAGAAAUUCCUCUCUAUGACAGGAAAUUCACCAAGAACGAGUAAAGCUUGUGAGGAUAAUUUUGUAUACUCCUAUAGUAGAAAUGAACUUGGUAGAUUUGUAGUGAGGUCACCUUUCAAAUCUUCUCCACAAUUACAAUCUCAAACUACCGAACUACAAGAAGAAUACAAAAAUUUUAUGCAAGAUAAUAAGACUUUAGGUCACACAGUAUUACCUUCUGAAAGAAAUUUUAGUCAUUUAUGGAUAUUACCUCAUCAUGGAGUGCUUAAGGAGACUAGCUCUACAACCAAACUUGAUGUGAUUUUGAAUGAUUCAUCCUCGACAAAGGAUGGGGUUUCUCUUAAUUCUUGUCUCCAUGCAGGCCCUAACUUAUUGCCUAACUUAUUUGAUCUUAUUCUCAAGAGGAGAAAUUAUCAGUAUGUUCUUACUUCUGAUGCAGAAAAAAUGUUUUCACAGACAGAAGUCAAGAGUUCAGACCAGAAAUUUCAAGCUAUACUGUGA